AUGGCGAGCACCGAAGAAACCCCGUCGUUGGAAACGCAGCAAACGACGGUGGUUGGGAAGAAGCAGCGCGGUAGGCAAUCCAGCCGUCGAUCUACCAACAAGCAACAUCGGCCGCAGCCCGGAAAGAUCCAGUUCAUCAACACCAUACAUCCAGAUGAGAGCACCAGCAAACACAGUCUCACAAUUAUCAGAUCCCAUGUUGCAAGGCAUUCCCGGGCUCUACAACGGGAACGAAAGCAACACCACAAUCAGCAAUCCAGAUCUCUUCCCAAAAUCUACUCGGCGAGUCAGCCCAUCUGUUCUCGAGCGCAGAUCAGACAACAUCACGAGGAGGAGGAAGAAGAUGAGGAUACACACGAUAUUCUAACACCAUGGAAUGCUCAUAAACGUUUCGUGAUGAAGACUGGCGAUCGUGCGCUUGCUCCAAAGCCAAAAGAAUUGGGAUUGCUUCCAAGAUCCACCAGCUGGCGGAAUACUGAUGAUUCCAAUCCAAUACAAAUGAUCGGUGGCAGUCGCAAAGACUGCUAUCAGGGAUUCGCAAGGCCACUCUCCGACGAAGAGGAUUACCUUUUUGACUUUUACAUGAACUACGUUAUCCUGAAUGGCUACAAGGCAUGCCAUCACAAAGAAGACGACGCCGUAUUCACAGCCUCGAUGAGAGAAAUUUGGGUGCCAUUCAUGAUGACCCAGCCCUGCCUGAUGGCGGCCGCCUUCCACGUUGCUUGCCGCAAUUACGCCGCCAACACGAGCAACGAUAACACAAGGAAGUUUUCCAUAAAGAAGCUACAGUAUCGGCUCACUUGCCUAAGCAUGGCGAAAGAUGCGAUUGCAACACAGGCCGUGGCGAAUGAUGCAACCAUCGCCCUUGCCUUGAUCAUGGCGUCCGAAUCGGUUUGUGAUGCUCUCACUUCCUCCCCGAGAUGCGGAUCAGGAAAACUAAGGAGACAACAAUAG